UAGCUGCGGACGGAGCAGGAACCUGCAGCCAUUACUCUGCUAUGAAGCUGCGCGAGCGUUUACAAAUCUAACGCAAUCAAAAGCCACAUACCUGUAGGUGCUCAGCACACCUCUGUGCUUAGGUGUCUCGUCUAGGUGUGGGUGGCAUUCUGUAUCUGACCAGGGAGCGUUUGUACUUUCUUUUCGUUCACUUUGCUUGUGAUUUGGGUAGUUUCUUGGUAUUAAUUGUAAAAUGACGGCACAGGUAGACUACCUGGUUUUGUUUUUCACGACCACAUCUGGCGCGAGCGGGGACCUGUUGGGAUCAGAUGAGAAGGAGAUCGUACAGCUGGUCUGGCAACUGGUGGAUCUCAAGAACCAAAAGUUGGGGAAGUUAAAUGAGGUGUUCAUAAACCCAGAGCUGUCGGACCGGACAGCUGAGAGCGAGCCGGCGGAGGAAGCAUCUCUGGCCCGCCCCUCAGCAACCAACCUCGACAACGCUUUAAGACAGUUUCAUCUCAGAUUGACGAACGAAGUGAACAGCUCAGGCACAGGCACGUCGCUGUGUUUGUGUACCGACGGGCCGCUCCACCUCCGCCAAGUCAUCCACCCCGAGGCUGCGGGCAAGAACCUUGUGCUUCCAGAGUGCUUCUUCUCUUUCUUCGACCUGCGGAAAGAAUUCAGGAAGCACUUCCCCUCGUCUGACGGGAAAGGCCUGGAUGUGCAGCUCAUGGCUGACUCUCUAGGUGUGAGUGUGGAGCCAGACAUGGACCCCAGCGCCCUGCCUGCACAGCAGCUCCACAGCAUGGCCCUGCCUGAACAGCAGCUCCACAGCAUGGCCCUGCCUGAACAGCAGCUCCACAGCAUGGCCCUGCCUGAACAGCAGCUCCACAGCAUGGCUAUGGUGGUCCUCGCCCUGCUCUCAGAGCCCCUGUGUCACAAGUUCUGUAACCCAGAGAGGGUCAAUGACAAGUUUGAAACCGGCACUUGCAGUAAGAUGGAGCGUGUGUGUGAUAACACAGUGAUCCGGGCCAGGGGGUUACCAUGGCAAUCAUCUGACCAGGACAUCGCUCGCUUCUUCAGGGGCUUGAACAUGGCCAGAGGGGGCGCUGCUCUGUGUCUGAAUGCUCAGGGAGGCCCGGACAGCCCAGACCAGACCAGCCCAGACCAGUUCCAGGGUGGUAAGAGGGGAGGGUUCAGUCUUGGACUGGUCACCAACACCAGCUCUUGA